GAUCGUCAGUUGAAAAUUAAAGACCUAGUGUUAUCUGCUCAUGAGCGAGCCGUCAGGAACUGUCCCUGGACCAUGGGCCUGUGGAAGAGCUAUCUUUUGGCUCUAGAGAGGCAUGGGGCUGACCAUCAGACAGUGACAGAUGUGUUUGAAAAGGCCCUGAACGCAGGGUUCAUCCAGGCGACUGAUUAUGUAGAAAUCUGGCAUUCUAAUCUGGGCUACCUGAGAAGACGUGUUGAUUUCAGCAAAGAAUGGAGCAGGGAGUUGGACGAGCUGCGGGCAGCUUUUGCACGCUCCCUUGACUACCUGAAACAGGAUGUAGAAGAGAGGUUCAGUGAAAGUGGAGAUCUGUCCUGCACAAUAAUGCAGGUCUGGGCAAGGAUAGAGGCCUUACAUUGUAAGAACAUGCAGAAGGCCCGUGAACUGUGGGACAGCAUCAUGACAAAAGGGAAUGCGAAAUAUGCCAACAUGUGGCUGGAAUAUUACAAUCUGGAAAGGUCAUAUGGAGAUGCUGCUCACUGCAGGAAGGCUCUCCACAGAGCUGUACAGUGUACAUCAGACUACCCUGAGCAUGUCUGUGAUGUCCUGCUCAACUUUGAAAGAGUGGAGGGCUCUCUGGAAGACUGGGAUGCUGCAGUCCAAAAAACAGAGACUAAACUCAACAGAGUCAAUGAGCAGAGAGCAAGAGUGGCUGAAAAAGAGGCUCUCCUAUCCAGACAAGAGGAGGAGAAAGCAGAGCACAGGAGAAAAGCCAAGGCAGAUAAAAAAGCCCAAAAGAAGAGCCAGAAAGCAAACAGAACGGGGGAUAAACGGAAAGCUGAAGAUGAGUACGAGGAGGAAUGGGGAGAGGAUGCAGAGCUGCCGUCCAAGAGGCUCCGAGGGGAGGAAGGCUUUGGUAGCACAGCCACAGAGGAGCUCAUGGAGACAGAAAGUGGUCUUUUCGGCCGCCGAGCUCCACCAUCACGUAAAUCUGAGCCACCCGGUUUCCGUAAGAACCAACAGGGACUGUCUGAAGCCCCGCGACAACCCCUGGACACGUCAAAGGAGCAGCGCAAAGAUGAAGAUAGUGUAUUUGUCAGUAACUUGGCUUUUAAUCUGGAGGACCCAGAGAACAAGCUGCGAACAUUUUUUCAGGGUUGUGGGACUGUACAGCAGGUGCGGCCCGUGUUUACAGUGAAAGGUGCGUUUAGAGGCUAUUGCUAUGUGCAGUUUGAGGACAGACUGGCUGUAUCCGAGGCACUGAAACUGGACAGGCAGGAGGUGGAUGGGCGGCCCAUAUAUGUGUCUCCUUGUGUGGACAAGAAUAAGAAUCCUGACUUCAAGGUUUUUAAGUACAAAACAGCAGUGGAGAAGCACAAGAUCUUUAUCUCGGGCCUGCCGUACUCCUGCACUAAAGAGACACUGGAGGAUCUCUGUAAACAGCACGGCACAGUGAAAGCCAUCCGGCUCAUCACCAACCGCUCCGGCAAACCCAAGGGUUUGGCGUAUGUGGAAUAUGAGAACGAAGCGCAGGCCUCGCAGGCUGUGCUGAAGAUGGACGGCACCAUGUUGGAAAACUUCACACUCUCUGUUGCCAUUAGCAACCCCCCGAGCAGGAAAAUGGAAGAUAAAGCAGCGCCUAGUCGAAUCCUGGGGGCAGCGAUGAUGAGGCAACCUCAGGGAGCAAGAGGAAAAGGACGCACUCAGAUCUCUCUGCUGCCACGCUCUCUGUACCGGCAGAGUGAUCCAGAUGCCAAAGCAGAGAACGGUACCGUUUCUGCACCACACGCCACAGUGACCGAUGGAGUGCACGGAGGACCUGGAACCGCUAGCCUGGACACGCAAACCAAGUCUCUGUCCAACGAGGACUUUGCCAGGAUGCUCCUCAAAAAGUGAAACUGUAUUCAGAGAACACGAGAAGAAUACCUGCCUUCUGACAGAAAGCCAUGCCAUGUCCUUAUGAAGUCCGGUGGAGAAACAGCGUUUUAAUUUAACCUGCUUUCUGUAAAUACAUGACCACUCCCGAUAUAUAGGAAAACUAUUUUAACACCUCAACCAUGGAGAUGCGAGCUGUAUUGUUUUCUUUAUUUCUUAGUAAUAACGAACGGGAUUUGGGGGCAGAUUUCAGAUUUUGUCUGCGAGUAUUUUUUUAACAGGAUGUUAAAACAAACGAUGUGAUGAUCGUUGUUUUAAAAGGUAUAUGCAAGAACAUUUAAUAUGAAGAUAGAUGAUGUAUUAUAAAUAGGUUUCAACUCGGCUUCAUUUCUCAGUAGGUCUCUUUUGGGGCAGCUGAAAUGUAGAUGCGUCCUGCACCUCUGCCUUGUCAAAGGCAACAACAAAAAAAAUAAAGAUCAAAACCUUUAUUUUACAUAUUUUCUGAACUGCAUGUUGUAUAAAUAAUUUAUUUGCAGUACCACAACCAUUUGAAACAGUCUUGCAUGUGUAGAUUUACAACUAAUAAAUAAACUGUCUUCAUAAAUGAAGACUAAUGGAGUAAUAGAUGAUCUUUACACACAUCUGUGACUAAGAAUUUCGACUUUUGUGUUUAUUACACUGCAGCGCUUUAAUUAAAAGCUGUACACUGUCCUGUCCUGGAGAUGAGAAGAUUCUAGUUUUGCCAGGCAUUUUGUAUUUUCUCCAAGCGCUGCCCUUUGAAUCUUGUUUAAUUGCUGACACAGCUUAUAAACCUGCCUUACCUUGUGUGCUCAAUAAUGGUCUGAAGAUUAAAGCUUGUGCUCCACAGCCAGAUUCAAUUCAACCUUCAGUCUAGAACUCCAGUUUUAGCUAAUCUAGAACCUUAGAUUCCACAUGCGUUUGCGGUGAUAUGCGAGUCAAGGGCUGGCUGAGGAGCACAGUUGCUGCUUUAGAGCCGAUUGGGUCCUUCCCGGAAGCUGAAGAAUCUAUGCAGCUGUAUAUCGCUAGAACCUUCCACUACGAGUUCACCUGAUUGUGAACCCAUCGCAUACUGUAUUGUGUGUGUGUAUAUAUACACACACAACAUAUAUCAUGUAAAAUGUCCUGGAUAUUAGUAUUAUUUACUGGUUUUAAUGGCUAUGAUGGACUUGUGUAUUUCAUCCACUAUUAAAUGUUAAGCUGAUCUAUUUUUUUUAACUGCAGUGUCAUACACUAGACAGUUCCCUCCCGUGUUCUUUUCAUUGUGUUUGAUUCUCGUUCACACCCCUCAAUGGUUGGCCAUAGUUUUGUAAAGCAUUUGUAUAUUUUGAACUAAAAAAAAAAGAAAAGUAGCUCUAUAUAUUUGUGUUUGAUCACCACAGUGGCCUAAAGUAGUGAUUGAGAAAAAAAUAAUAAAA